UGUGCUGGGAUACGCCUCUGAUAACAUUUCGUUCAACUACCCAUGCCAGGGUCACCCCUGCUGCAACAACAGUGAAACUGUGGCCGUUGUUUCCAUAGACUACGCCAUGGGUUUCAAGUUCCAGUGUAUGGUGAGUACAUUUUGAAGGCAUUGGUCACUUUAAGAACACUCAUCUACAGUAAAUAGGACGUCACUUUAGUGUAUGGGGAGGACAUGGGAUGUUUGGUCUUUUGAGUUCAAUUACAUAGGUUGUAUUUAGAGAAUUUAAGUCACUUAAGCUAAAGGGACAAUUAUUAACGUUUAACGUCACGUUUAUUAACGUAUGUCACUUGAGUUCUAGAGUAUGGUGAGGUCAUUAAGUAACUUGAGCCACAUUGUAUGGUCAGGUCAUUAGGUCACUUGAGCCACAUUAUAUGGUGAGGUCAUUAGGUCAUUUGAGCCACAUUGUAUGGUGAGGUCAUUAGGUCACUUGAGCCACAUUCUAUGGUGAGGUCACUAGGUCACUUGAGCCAUAUUGUAUGGAGAACUCAUUAGGAGGUCAUUUGAACCACAUUGCUAGAUGAGGCUUUUAGGACACUGAAGCCCCAUUGUAUGGGGAGGUCAUUAAGCCACUUGAGCCACAUUGUAUUGUGAGGUCAUGAGGUCACUUGAUCCACAUUGUAUGUUGAGGUUUACGCACUGGCUUCUAUUGUGAGAAAUUAAUCUCCUAUUUUAAUUUUAUGGCUCUUUCAAACAGUGCAUAACAAAGGACGAUCCCAUAGAAAUACAAUAACAAAAAUACGACACAGAAAACAUUACAAUUAAUAAAAUUUAAUUUAGUAAUAAUACAAAUAUAAAAAAAAAGAAAUAUAAUUACAAAUCAUUGUAACGGUACACAGUUAGUACAAUGAGCCAAUUAAUAAUGUACAAUGACGAAAUGCGAAUAAACACAUAUAUAAGAACACAAAGAAUAAUACACGUCUCGUAAAGUUACAAAUAUAUAUCUGAAUCUGUCUCUGUCAAUCCUUUUGAUAUGUGGAUCUAACGACGAGUUCAGAAACGCCCUUAGUUUUCUAAUACAAUCGAGAAAGUUUCAUAAGAUACUAGUAAACAUACUAGCCAUGUUUAAUUGGAAGUCGGUAGUAAACAAGAUACAUCAAAGAGAUUUAACCACGCCCACAACAAACGAUACCGUCUGCUAGAAGUCUAAUGCGGGGUCAAAGAAAAUUCACGCACGGGGAAAAUGUAUACUACAUAACAUGAGGUCAUUAGGUUACUUCAGCAACAUUGUAUAGUGAUGUCAUUAGAUCACUUGCCCCACAUUGUUAGAUAAGGUUAUUAGGUCACUGGAGCCCCAUUAAAAGGGGAGGCCAUUAAGUCACUUGAGCUAAAUUAUAUGUUGAGGUCAUUAGGUCACCUGAGCAACAUUGUUAGAUGAGGCUAUUAGGUCACUCGAGCUCCAUUGAAAGGGGAGGUAAUUAAGUCACUUGAGCAAAAUUAUAUGGGGAAGUCAUUGUGUCACAUGAGUCACAUUGUAUAAUCAGAUCAUUAAGUCACUUGAGUCAUAUUGUAUAGUCAGAUCUUUUGGUCACUUUAGUAGCAUUGAAUAAUUAGAUCAUUAAGUCACUUGAGUCACAUUGUAUAGUCAGAUCAUUAAGUCACUUGAGUCACAUUGUAUAGUCAGAUCAUUAAGUCACUUGAGUCACAUUGUAUAGUCAGAUCAUUAAAUCACUUGAAUAGCAUUGUAUAGUCAGAUCAUUAAGUCACCUGAGUAGCAUUGUAUAAUCAGAUGAUUAAUUCACUUGAGCUACAUUGAAUAGUCAGAUCAUUAAGUCACUUGAGUAGCAUUGUAUAGUCAGAUCAUUAUGUCACUUGAGACACAUUAUAUACUAAAUUCAUCAAGUCACUUGAGUAGCAUUGUAUAGUCUAUCAUUAAGUCAUUUAAGUCACAUCGUAUAGUCAGAGCAUUAAUUCACUUGAGUCAUAUUGUAUAGUCAGAUCAUUAAGUCACUUGAGUCACAUUGUAUCGUCAUAUCAUUUAGUCACUUGAGUCACAUUGUAUAGCCAGAUCAUUAAGUCACUUGAGUCAUAUUGUAUAGUUAGUUCAUUAAGACACUUGAGUAGCAUUGCCUAGUCAGAUUAUUAAGUCACAUUUGUAGUAUUGUAUAGUCAGUUCAUUAAGACACAUGAGUAGUAUUGUAUAGUAAGAUCAUUAAGACACAUGAGUAGUAUUGUAUAGUAAGAUCAUUAAGUCACAUGAGUAGUAUUGUAUAGUAAGAUUAUUAAGUCACAUGAGUAGUAUUGUAUAGUAAGAUCAUUAAGUCACAUGAGUAGUAUUGUAUAGUAAGAUUAUUAAGUCACAUGCGUAGUAUUGUAUAGUAAGAUCAUUAAGUCACAUGAGUAGUAUUGUAUAGUAAGAUUAUUAAGUCACAUGAGUAGUAUUGUAUAGUAAGAUUAUUAAGUCACAUGAGUAGUAUUGUAUAGUAAGAUCAUUAAGUCACUAAAGUCUCAUUGUCUGGGAAAUUGAAAUUUUUUACCAUAGCAGGUCAUUGUGUGUUGUUAAAUAAGGUACUUUUUACCACAGAGAGUGCACAAGACCUACGAAACUUUAAUAAUUGUGAUCAUUAUGGUGAGUGAGGUCAUUGUGGUCACAUAGACUGAAAUAUAAAAACAAGGUAUGUUAAACUUGAAUUAAUAGACAUGACAAAAGAUUUGGAAAUUUCGGCUUAGAGACAUCAGCUAACAAGACAAAUAGGUUCACAGAACAUCUUCGGGAUAUUGAACAAGGUAAACUUUCCCCAGUUUAUUCACACUUCAACAGAUAGCACCAUAAAUGUGCAUUAGAUGUGUCCAUUACGGUACUCGUUCCGUGCACAAACACACCAGAGAGAGUUAAAAGGCAAAACAAAUUUUUCAACAGUUCGACACCAUAUCUUCACAUUGUAUGAAUCAAAUACUCUCUUACUAAUGUUUCUCAAUGUCCUUGUAUUUCUUCUAUUGUUUCUUAUUCCUUAGAUUUUAUGUAUCCCUAUAUAUUUUCGUCCGUUAAGAUUCUCUCCCUUUUUUUCACAGAACCAAUAUUUGUAUUCUUUCACUUCCUGUAAUCUUACUUCCGGCAAAAACAAAUGAAAUCUCUAAAGUUUUUUUACUGUGCUCUAUGACUUGUCAUACUUCUUUUGUCUUGUUUGCUGAUGAAGGCUCUAGGCCGAAACAUCCAAAUCUUUUGUCCUGUCAAUUAAUUCAAGUUUAGAUUACCUUGUUGUUAUAUUUUAUUUAGACAACUUGAAUGCAGUCAAUCAAUUAUUACCCAUGGACUGACCAGCUCCUGAAAUAAAUCCAACCUGUCAUGUAAGCCGAAUGUCAUCCCCACCCCAAAAGGCAAACAAAAAUGUCUUCCCCCGGAGAGUAGUUGCAGAAUCAGGCAGAGUUACUUCCACCUUAUCCCCACUUUGAGAGAAGAGUCAACACAGCAGUCCAGACAAAGUCACCCGAGCGAAUAACCCCCAACCUUAUGUUUUCAGUCGUCACAUAUGAAAUCAUAUGACCCAUGGGGGUACAGUAUUCACAGGGGGUCGGUUCUGACCUGUCGAUGGUAUAUCAGCAAGUUCUCUUUCUUUCGACGAACGUGUUUACAAACCUUUGUUCUAUCAUGGAUGAGACAAGAAAUAUUGGAUUAUACUUAUGACACCUUUUAUUGUUUUACACAAACAAUAAAAAAUUAUAUAUGCUAUGUAAUGGUCUCACUAUAAUGGAGUCCCAUACUUUAAAGGUAUUCUUUGUUGAACUAAAGUUCUUUCGUGUUUCCUUGUGAUAAAAUGUGUCAUUACCUGUCGAACUAUAAGCAAUUCAGCAAAUUCUUUAUUUCCUUUUCUUUAUAAAUUGAUGCAAACAAGAUCAUCUAGAGAAAGCGCAAUACGUCAUCCGUUGUGGCGAAUGACGUCACUGAAUGCAUUCAGCAAGCUCACAACGCAUAUAUUUAUUUAUUUACGUAGUGCUAUUUCCUCAACUCCUGCCGUGCACCCAACGUCACAAGCUUGUGUCAUUUCCUAGUGUCCUCCCUUUAAUCAAGUUAUGGAAACACCGGAAGUCGAUGCGACGCGCGAGCUUAUAAAUAGGACUGCUUCAUCUCCGUCUGAUUUCCAGUCGUAUGAAAUACGUCCCUGUCAUACUGAAUAAUUCAACCGGCCGCUGGUCGAUAGGGAAUAACCAUCCACACCCCACCCUCGUGUUACAAUGGGUUCGCUAUCAAGGGAUCGUCAAAAUACACAGGGGGAGGGGGGGGGGCUCACGGAGUUCUAUAAAAUCCAACAAUCAAAUUUUGCUUCCUGCCAAGCUUUGAUGAAAGUUGGUGACCUGAAAGAGUUGAGUGACCAAACAAAUACUUGCUGAAGUGCAGUAGUCCUGAACAUUUACCUUUAUUUGAACUGUCAGGGAGCCAGUGAGUAGGGGUAGCAAAAGAACCAGCCAGUGAGUAGGGGUAGCAAAAGAGCCAGCCGGUGAGCAGUGAGUAGGGGUAGCAAAAGAGCCAGCCAGUGAGUAGGGGUAGCACAAGAGCCAGCCGGUGAGUAGGGGUAGCAAAGAGCCAGCCAGUGAGAGUCAGGGGGAUAGUGAGUAUGGGUAGCAAAAGAAACAGCCAGUGAGUAGGGGGAGCAAAAGAGCCAGCCGGUGAGCAGUGAGUAGGGGUAGCAAAAGAGCCAGCCAGUGAGUAGGGGUAGCACAAGAGCCAGCCGGUGAGUAGGGGUAGCAAAGAGCCAGCCAGUGAGUAGGGGUAGCAAAAGAGCCAGCCAGUAAGUAGGGGUAGCAAAAGAGCCAGCUAGCGCAAAUUAGUAUUAUUUUUAUUAGGUGGUUUUAUAUAGCGAAGUACCCCAGCCUAUUGCCAGGCUCGCUGCGCUUCACAUAAAAAUUAGCAAUUACAGAAACGUACGCAUUUAAAACGAACAAUUGGUGAAAGCUUGACCUCAACCACCUAACAGCUAUCCACCCCUGUCUAGCCAUGGACGGCAGCCAAGAGAAUCGAGCGUUGUUUAUCAGUAAGAGGGGGUGAGAAUAAGUCGAUAUAGUACAGUUUGAAGAGAUGGGUCUUGAAGGCAGUUUUGAAGGCUGUGAUGGUCGUUAUAUUGCGGAUGUGUAAUGUGAGAGAAUUCCAUUGUUUGGGGGCACAGAACGAGAAAGAUCGUUCACCAUAUGUUUUAGUGCGUGUUCUGGGAACAGAAAGAAUGUGCGUGUCUGCUGACGAACGUAGGUUUCGAAGGGUUAGAUAGACAGUAAGAAGUUCAGUAAGGUAGGACGGGCAGGAACCAGACAAAAUGUUGUGACAGAGAACAGACAGUUUGUAAUCAAUGGGUGCCAAUAAAGUGAGUGAAGUAGUGCAGUAACGAGAUCCAGUUUCUUUGCCUUUAGAACUCACCAACAAUUGAGUUUUGAACUUUCUGCAGUUUAUCUAUGAAAUGUUUUGGUGAACCUGACAGAAGACAGUUAAAAUAGUCAAGACGAGAGAGAUUAAGAGCACAGACCAUUGUUUUUGUUUCGCUGACUGAUAGUGGCGGGCGGAGCUGAUCUUAUGGAUCAGAGCGACAGAUGUGAGAAAUAUAAUUAUUGAGAGACAUGUUGUCAGAAAGAAUGUGACCAAGAUUCCUAGCAGAGGAUGUGAACUAUACAUCGGAGCUAACUAUAUGAAACGAGAUGGGGAGAGUUGAGUUAGAGGAUGAUUCAUGAUUUUGAAUGAGGGGUGCUUCCGUUUUGUCAUCGUUCAGCUUCAACUUGCUGAGUGUCAUCCAUGAAUUAACAUAUAGGGGGGAAGUGUAAUUUCGUUUUGUGGGCCGAUAACUGAUUAUCGCUUUUUGGGGUUAAAACUAGACGUCACUAGGGUGGGGUCACCAGUGGCUGUAGGUUUUUCGCCUCCCACCCCCCCCCACGGUAUCCGAAACGUCUCAUAUUUAACCGGAUUUGAAAGAAUCGCUUUUUUAUUGUUUUUAAAUGAAGUCCUAAAGUAAAUUAGGACAUAAUAAGAUACUAUAGAACUUGAAGCAACAGCGUUGAAAAAAUCCACCAAAUUGACUUUUUUUUAAAAAUAUAAAUCUUAACAGUUAAAACUUUACUUUUGUGAUUUUCAAAGAUGCACACCUGUCAAUCACGUCAUCAAACCUGUCAAUCACAUCAUCAAACUUGUCAAUCAUAUCAUCAAACCUGUCAAUCAUAUCAUCAAACCUGUCAAUCAUAUCAUCAAACCUGUCAAUCAUAUCAUCAAACCUGUCAAUCAUAUCAUCAAACAUGUUAAUCAUAUCAUUAAACCUGUCAAUCACAUCAUCAAACCUGUCAAUCAUAUCAUCAAACAUGUCAAUCAUAUCAUCAAAGUUAACAUUCUUUACCGUAUCACUUUCAAUUGACAAAACGUAAGAGCUGAAAGACUGCACUGUGUAAUAUUUGAUCACAAGAAGCUCUUUGAUAAUCCUCAUAGUUUGAAAAGCUUCGCUUACAUCUGCGGUUCUCAACAAGUGGGUCACAACCCUUUGUGGGUUGAACGACCCUUACAUAUAUUAAUGAAGUAUGCAACACAAAUAAGUUUAUGGUUGGGGGUCACCACAAAAUGGGGAAAUUGUAUUAAAGGGUCGCGGCGUUAGGAAGGUUGAGAACCACUGGCUUACAUGAAGACACAGACUCAUAAUUCGUAAGAAAAAAUAGUAGACUUAAUUGGAGAAUUGAAAGAACUUCUAGGGAGCCCCAAUUAUUUGUUUUGCGGCCCGUACACCCCCACACACUCACAUACCAUCUAGUGUCGCCACUAAUUUAACAGUAUCAUUUGAUAGCUAAUUGGCGAGAGAAUAAAGACAAUAAAUAACACAGUAAGAUAGCAAACGUGACAACAGGGCAAACAAUGAUGAUGACAGGACCGGUUAAUGUUAUAAUCGGAUAUCUGAAUGUGACAACAGGACAACUUAAUGUAAUAACUGGGCAACUUAAUGAGAUAACUGGGAAACUUAAUGUGAUAACUGGGGAACUUAAUGUGGUAACUUGAUGAGAUAACUGGGCAAUUUUAUCUGAUAACUGGGCAGAUUAAUGUUAUAAGCAGAUUGCUUAAUGUGAUAACCGGAAACAUAAUGUGAUAACCGAGCGACUUAAUGAAAUGACCGGGCAGGUUAAUGUGAUAACCGGUCGAUUUAAUGUGAUGACCGGGCAUGUUAAUGUGAUAAACGGGUGACUUAGUAUGAUAACCAGGAACUUAAUGUGAUAACCAGGCAACUUAAUGUGAUAACCGAGUGACUUAAUAUGAUAACCAGGAACUUAAUGUGAUAACCAGGCAACUUAAUGAGAUGACCGGGCAGUUAAUGUGAUAACCGGUCGAUUUAAUGUGAUAACCAGGAACUUAAUGUGAUAACCGGCGACUUAAAGUGAUAACCGGGCGUUAUAAUGUGAUAACCGGUCGACUUAAUGUGAUAACCAGGAACUUAAUGUGAUAACCAGGCAUUAUAAUGUGAUACCCCCUCGACUUAAUCUGAUAACCAGGAACUUAAUAAGAUAACCGAGCAACAUAAUGUGAUAACUGAGCGACUUAAUGUGAUAACCAGGAACUAAAUGUUAUAACCGAGCAAGUCAAUGUGAUAACCGAGCAAGUUAAUGUGAUAACCAGGAACUUAAUGUGAUAAACAAGCAACAUAAUGUGAUAACCGGGUGACUUACUGUGAUAACCGAGCAAGUUAAUGUGAUAACCGGGCAACUUAAUGUGAUAACCGACCAGGAACUUAAUGUGAUAACAGAGCAAGUUAAUGUGAUAACCGGGUGACUUAAUGUGAUAACCAAGAACUUAAUGUGAUAACCGAGUAAUUUAAUGUGAUAAACAAGCAAGUUAAUGUGAUAACUGAGCAAAGUAAUGUGAUAUCCAAGCAAGUUAAUGUGAUAACAGAGAAAGUUAAUCUGAUAACCAAGCAAGUUAAUCUGAUAACCAGGAACAUAAUGUGAUAACCGAGCAAGUUAAUGUGAUAACCGGGCGACUUAAAGUGAUAACCAGGAACUUAAUGUGAUAACCGAGCAAGUUAAUGUGAUAACCGAGCAAGUUAAUGUGAUAAUCGAGCAAGUUAAUGUGAUAACCAGGAACUUAAUGAGAUAACCGAGCAAUUUAAUGUGAUCACCAUGAACUUAAUGUGAUAACAGAGCAAGUUAAUGUGAUAACCGAGCAAGUUAAUUUUAUAACCUAGCAAGUCAAUGUGAUAACCAAGGAAGUUAAUGUGAUAACCAAGCAAGUUAAUGUGAUAACUGAGAAAAUUAAUGUCAUUUCCAAGCAAGUUAAUGUGGUAACCAAGCAAGUUAAGGUGAUAACCAUGCAAGUUAAUGUGAUAACCAAGGAAGUUAAUGUGAUAACCAAGCAAGUUAAUGUGAUAACUGAGAAAAUUAAUGUGAUUUCCAAGCAAGUUAAUGUGGUAACCAAGCAAGUUAAGGUGAUAACCAUGCAAGUUAAUGUGAUAACCAUGCAAGUUAAGGUGAUAACCAUGCAAAUUAAUGUGAUAACCAUGCAAGUUAAUGGGAUAACCAAGCAAGUUAAUGUGGUAACCAAGCAAGAUAAUGUGAUAACUGGACAAAUUAAUGUGAUAACUUGAAAACUUAUUGUGAUGACUGUACAACUUAAUGCGAUAACUGGACAACUUAAUGCGAUAACUGGACAACUUAAUGUGAUAACUUGAAAACUUAAUGUGAUAACUGGACAACUUAAUGUGAUAAUCAAAGAGGGUGUGUUCGGUUAAAUGAUUAAAGUAAACGAAUGAGUGUAAAUGUAUAAAAAGUAUCAAAUGUCUAAAAGACCAAAAAGGUCAGGUAGACCUUGUCUGAUGUUUGCUGGGAUAACGUUGACCACAACUGUUUAGUUCCAUUCCAUGAGUUGUAAUGUGUUUAUUACAUGUUCGAUAAAUACAUUUGUGCUCUGUGUUCCAAUUAUUGCUUUAUAUCCAUUGCAAUAACGAUACAGUGCAUAGAGGCAAACAUUAAAUAAAUGUUAUGUUGAAACAGGGUAAGCAACUCUUUGUUCAAUUCUACUUUUUUUUAGUAGCAAACAUUAUUAAUAUCUCAUGGGACCGUCUGAUAGAAAUUUGACGAUUGGUUGUUUAUUUCAAACAUGCAGCAAAUCAAAAUUACAUUCGCAAACUUAAAUUUGCAGGAGAAUAUAUGCAACCGACUCCCCCGGAAUUGAAUUCCUCCCCCCCCCCAAUCAUUAUCCGUAAUGCUACAGUCAAUGUACGGCCCUGGCCUGCUCCAUCACAUCCUUCAUGUAGGGCCCUGGCCUGCUCAAUCACAUCCUUCAUGUACCGCCCUGGCCAGCUCCAUCACAUCCUUCAUGUACGGCCCUGGCCUGCUCCAUCACAUCCUUCAUGUAGUGCCCUGGCCUGCUCCAUCACAUCCUUCAUGUACGGCCCUGGCCUGCUCCAUCACAUCCUUCAUGUAGGGUCCUGGCCUUCUCAAUCACAUCCUUCAUGUAGUGCCCUGGCCUGCUCCAUCACAUCCUUCAUGUACGGCCCUGGCCUGCUCAAUCACAUCCUUCAUGUACGGCCCUGGCCUGCUCCAUCACAUCCAUCAUGUACGGCCCUGGCCCGCUCCAUCACAUCCUCCAUGUAGUGCCCUGGCCUGGUCCAUCACAUCCUCCAUGUAGGGCCCUGGCCUGCUCCAUCACAUCCUCCAUGUAGGGCCCUGGCCUGCUCCAUCAUAUCCUUCAUGUAGGGCCCUGGCCUGCUCCAUCACAUCCUUCAUGUAGGGCCCUGGCCUGCUCCACCACAUCCUUCAUGUAGGGCCCUGGCCUGCUCCGUCACAUCCUUCAUGUAGGGCCCUGGCCUGCUCCAUCACAUCCUUCAUGUAGGGCCCUGGCCUGCUCCAUCACAUCCUCCAUGUAGGGUUCGGGCCUGCUCCAUCACAUCCUUAAUGUAGGGCCCUGGCCUGCUCCAUCAUAUCCCCCAUGUAGGGCCCUGGGAUGCUCCGUCACAUCCUUCAUGUAGUGCCCUGGCCUGCUCCAUCACAUCAAUUCAUGUAGAGCCCUGGCCUGCUCCAUCACAUCCUUCAACGACUUGGAGGUUGUGAGAUGUCACCAACGACUUGGAGGGUGUGAGAUGUCGCAAACGACUUGGAGGGUGUGAGAUGUUACCAACGACUUGGAGGGUGUGAGAUGUCACCAACGACUUGGAGGGUGUGAGAUGUAGCCAACCACUUGGAGGGUGUGAGAUGUAGCCAACGACUUGGAGGGUGUGAGAUGUCAGCAACGACUUGAUGGGUGUGAGAUUUCACCAACGGCUUGGAGGGUGUGAGAUGUAGCCAACGACUUGGAGGGUGGGAUAUGUCACCAACGACUUGGAGGGUGUGAGAUGUCACCAACGACUUGGAGGGUGUGAGAUGUCACCAACGACUUGGAGGGUGUGAGAUGUCACCAACGACUUGGAGGGUGUGAGAUGUCACCUACGACUUGGAGGGUGUGAGAUGUCACCAACGACUUGGAGGGUGUGAGAUGUCACCAACGACUUGGAGGGUGUGAGAUGUAGCCAACCACUUGAAGGGUCUGAGAUGUAGCCAAUGACUUUGAGGGUAUGAGAUGUCGCCAACGGCUUGGAGGGUGUGAGAUGUCGCCAACGGCUUGGAGGGUGUGACAUGUCGCCAACGGCUUGGAGGGUGUGAGAUGUCACCAACGACUUGGAGGGUGUGAGAUGUAGCCAACGACUUGGAGGGUGUGAGAUGUCACCAACGAGUUGGAGGGUGUGAGAUGUAGCCAACGACUUGGAGGGUGUGAGAUGUCACCAACGACUUGGAGGGUGUGAGAUGUAGCCAACGACUUGGAGGGUGUGAGAUGUAGCCAACGACUUGGAGGGUGUGAGAUGUAGCCAACGGCUUGGAGGGUGUGAGAUUUCACAAACGGCUUGGAGGGUGUGAGAUGUAGCCAACCACUUGGAGGGUAGGAGAUGUAGUCAACGACUAUGAGGGUGUGAGAUGUGGCCAACGGCUUGGAGGGUGUGAGAUGUAGCCAACCACUUUGAGGGUGGGAGAUGUAGCCAACCACUUGGAGGGUGUGAGAUGUCACCAACGGCUUGGAGGGUGUGAGAUGUAGCCAACGACUUGGAGGGUGUGAGAUGUAGCCAACGACUUGGAGGGUGUGAGAUGUCACCAACGACUUGGAGGUUGUGAGAUGUCACCAACGACUUGGAGGGUGUGAGAUGUCACCAACGACUUGGAGGGUGUGAGAUGUCACCAACGACUUGGAGAGUGUGAGAUGUCACCAACGACUUGGAGGGUGUGAGAUGUCGCCAACAACUUGGAGGGUGUGAGAUGUCACCAACGACAUGGAGGGUGUGAGAUGUCACCAACGACUUGGAAGGUGUGAGAUGUCACCAACGACUUGGAGGGUGUGAGAUGUUACCAACGACUUGGAGGAUGUGAGAUGUCACCAACGACUUGGAGGGUGUGAGAUGUAGCCAACCACUUGGAGGGUGUGAGAUGUAGCCAACGACUUGGAGGGUGUGAGAUGUCACCAACGACUUGGAGGGUGUGAGAUGUCACCAACGACUUGGAGGGUGUGAGAUGUCACCAACGACUUGGAGGGUGUGAGAUGUCACCAACGACUUGGAGGGUGUGAGAUGUCACCAUCGACUUGGAGGGUGUGAGAUGUAGCCAACGACUUGGAGGGUAUGAGAUGUAGCCAACGACUUGGAGGGUGUGAGAUGUAGCCAACGGCUUUGAGGGUGUCAGAUGUCAACAACGGCUUGGAUGGUGUGAGAUGUAGCCAACCACUUGGAGGGUGGGAGAUGUAGCCAACGACUUGGAGGGUGUGAGAUGUGGCCAACGACUUUGAGGGUGUGAGAUGUAGCCAACGACUUGGAGGGUGUGAGAUGUCGCCAACGACUUGGAUGGUGUGAGAUGUCGCUAACGACUUGGAGGGUGUGAGAUGUCACCAACGACAUGGAGGGUGUGAGAUGUAGCCAACGACUUUGAGGGUGUGAGAUGUCGCCAACGACUUGGAGGGUGUGAGAUGUCGCCAACGACUUGGAGGGUGUGAGAGGUAGCCAACGACUUUGAGGGUGUGAGAUGUAGCCAACCACUUGGAGGGUGUGAGAUGUAGCCAACGACUUGGAGGGUGUGAGAUGUCGCCAACGACUUGGAGGGUGUGAGAGGUAGCCAAAGACUUUGCGGGUGUGAGAUGUCACCAAUGACUUGGAGGGUGUGUGAUGUAGCCAACGACUUGGAGGGUGUGAGAUGUCAGCAACGACUUGGAGGGUGUGAGAUGUCGCCAACGACUUGGAGGGUGUGAGAUGUCUCAAACGACUUGGAGGGAGUGAGAUGUAGCCAACGACUUUGAGGGUGUGAGAUGUAGCCAACGACUUGGAGGGUGUGAGAUGUCAGCAACGACUUGGAGGGUGUGAGAUGUCGCCAACGACUUGGAGGGUGUGAGAUGUCUCAAACGACUUGGAGGGAGUGAGAUGUGGCCAACGACUUUGAGGGUGUGAGAUGUCGCCAAAGACUUUGAGGGUGUGAGAUGUAGCCAACGACUUGGAGGAUGUAAGAUGUAGCCAACGACUUUGAGGGUGUAAGAUGUAGCCAACGACUUUGAGGGUGUGAGAUGUAGCCAACGACAUUGAGGGUGUGAGAUGUAGCAAACGACUUUGAGGGUGUGAGAUGUCACCAACGACUUGGAGGGUGUGAGAUGUCACCAACGACUUGGAGGGUGUGAGAUGUCACCAACGACUUGGAGGGUGUGAGAUGUAGCCAACCACUUGGAGUGUGUGAGAUGUCGCCAACGGCUUGCGUUAAUAGCGGAUAUAAUUUUUGUUCAAUCUUUCUAUCAAAUGCGAGUUUAAAAGCACUUUUUAAAAAACAAAUUAAAAAUGUAUUUAAAAGCAUUACAUAAAGUGUGUGCAGAACUGUAUAUGAACACUCUACGAAGCCAAAGGAUUCGAAUUAAAAUUAAAUGUGCAUGUAGUUAAUAUAUUUUUUUUUUAUUUUUGAAAAUAUUUUCUUCACAGAUUCUCUUCAGAAUUUUUAAAUCACGUUCUAGUUUUUAGUGUGUUUAAAUCUCCUAUUUAAAAGAAAGUUUCUUUUAACAUGUUUUUAACUUUCUAAUUGUUAGUAUUAAAAUUGGUAUCUUUCGAUUAUCGAAAAAAGUGUUGUUUUUUUUUUAAAUUUUACCUUUUAAACACAGAAUGCCUACAAAUGCCGGUUGCCUACAAAUGCCGGUUGCCUACAAAUGCCGGUUGCCUACAAAAGCCCGGUAAACGUGGUAUAAAACUAAGAAGUAAAAUUUAACGGCUGCUGCUGCUGCUGCGUUUACGUCCCUGGUCGCGAGCCGUCUGUUAUUCAUUUCUAAUUUGUCGUAUGCCCUGCCCAGGGUCGGCACUAGGAGGGUGCGGGGCCUUGUGAAAAUUGAAUUUUUCGGGGCAGUUGUUGUUAUAUAUUCCGCUGAUAGGAUAUUAAGACACGCUAUUAUCGUACUGGGGCCUUGCUGGUCAUAUUCGGACUCGUGAUAACGGAUAAUUGUUAGUAUGGGAGGUAGAAUGACCUUCAGACCAUUUGACUAAUAAAUCCGAAUAUGGUGUUGACUGGAUUAGGAACUAUUAGUUGGCUUAGGUAUAUUAGAAACAUACUACGGCGGUCACACACUUCGCCAUCCCCUAGCGCCGGUCCUGCCCCUAAUUCCUUCCGAACCAUCCCUCCCCAAAAUCCUACAUCUCUUUCUGGAUCUCCCCUACCCAGCGUUCUCACGCCGUUCUCUGAACGAAGCAGACGCGAUCAACCACGAUGAACUGAGCGAGUGGGUCACGUGUGCCAACAACAAAAUUAAGCCACAGCGUUACAAACUCACAUCAGCAUGUAUCGGUGAGGAUUAAAAAAGGAAGUUUGCAUUUUUAUCGAGGCUCUGUAAGAUUCAGGUGUUUGCUUAUAAAGUCACGUUCAACCUUCUUGGCUAGUUUGGGAAUCCCUGUAUUUUCAAAGUUUUGGGUUUUAGUCAUUCUAGUAGUUGGAGAUUUCUUUCUGAAUAAAAUAAAGACAAAUGAGGAAAAACUUAUUGAAACCAGCGGUUCUUAUUACAAAAAGAUGUUACAGUAGUGUGUUGUGGAAUUUUUUUUAACUAGAUAUGGUCGGCAAUUUUUUUUUAAUUUAUUUGACUUUUAACUGUUGACUAAACCUGAGAGAAUGUUUGUUUCCUGGGGCUUUAUGAGCGUCUUGUUCAUCUGUUCAUCUGUUCAUCUGAUCCUUUGUUCAUUUUUUGUAUCUUGCAGCUCCGUAACGGGAUACAGCCAUUGUGCUACGAAUAUGGCGCCGAAGUUCGAACAACGAAUCAAGAUCCGGACUUCAUCCCACGUGCCUGCUGUCCAGGGUUAAAGUUCAAGGUCGUCUUGAACCAAUGGUACGCCGCCAUGGUGGUCAAGUGCGUCGAGGAGGACGAGGCUGACGACGACUACUCUUGAUGAACAGUGUUGUGAUAAUGAAUGUGAUGUUGUGGGGGGAAAAAAGUAUGUGAUGUUGUGGAAUUAAGCUGUGGGUGAGGUAUGGUUGAAACAAUUGGGCGAUGUCAGAAAGAUAUCGAAAUAUGAAAGAUAUCGUUGGCAUUAUCUCCAAUAGUACAUAAAUAACACAAAAAUAUUAAAUGAGUGAAUCAGGAGUAACACACAUUCCUACAUACUGUGGAUAAUUCAUCCCAAUUUUAUCGGGGGUAAACUAUUUUUAAGAACAUGUUAUAUUAUGUCCACAAAUGAGAAUCUUUGUUUUUUAAUCCUGGUAUGUGUAUGUGUCUGUGUGAAGCUGUCACUGUAAUUGUAUGAGUAUAACUCAGUCCAGGAUUUGGGCAAUUGGGGAUGGAGGGGGGAGGGCACUGGCACCUCCAAUGAUGGAUGUGAAAAGCGGACGAUUAUGUCCACACGUUCGA